AUGGAUUCAGUGAUUGAUGGUAUUUUGGAUGAUACCGAUAAAUACUGGGAUGAUGCUAAGCCGUUGAUAGAGACUAUAUUUACCUCUCGAGAUAAUUAUACCGACUAUUUCGUAUCUCAUCCUCUGCCUGGUUCGAUAGUUGAGGAAAUUGCAGAGACCGAUGCAGCCAUAGUUGCGCUAGAAAAGCAACUGAAGGACCGUUUGAUUGGUGCUAAAAAAUCCAUUAUUGCUGAACUUGCCGAAGGCGAUGUUGAGUCGUACUUAAGCAGCAUAUCAGAAGAGAUUGGCGAAUUGUGGGAACUGGAUAACUCUCGGUCCCAGGUGGACUUGAGCAGUGCUACUGACGAGGAAGAUGUCGAGGCGGUUAUAGGUGAGAUUGAGGCUAGCGGUAGCGACGAACACGGCGCUGCACGAGAAGAUGCGUUCCACGAGGCCCUUUCCAGGUUACGAAAACAUGAAGAAGAAAAUUCGGAUGCCAAUUUGAUGUAUGUGCUGCAGAAUAUUGACAAAAUUAGCGAGCUGCUGGAGAUCCCUGCGCUCGCCAGCACUUGUAUUAAGACUGGUCAUUACCAGGAGGCCCUGCUGUGUCACUCCCACGCACUGUCACUGCAGCAUAAGUUCCCUAACAUCGACUUAAUUGCAAGUAUUGCAUCCGCGGUGCAUAACAACAUCUCGAAAACCAUGUUGCAGGGCCUUGUCAAGCUGCUGGGCACUAAUUUGACCAUAAACGCCAUGAAAAAAGUUAUUCAGUAUCUAUCCUCUAUUGAACCACUGCAGGGAAACCCACCAGCCCUGCAGCAGCUGUUUAUUUCUAUGCGCUACCGUUUCCUCGCCUCAGAAAUCAACUCCUACGUGGUCCCUGAGGACGCGUCAGACGCUGUUAACGAGCUCUUGGCAAAAAGAAAGAUAGAAUGCGUAAGAGAACACUUCUACAGCAUCAUUGCAGUGUUCAAUUCCAUGUUUACUCCAGAAACAAUUCCUCUACAGAUCCCUCUCUUUAACGAGACUAAGUCCCAGAACUCUAAAGAAAUCCCAACAAGCUUGCAUUUACUACAAUUCGUGGAAAACGCCACAGAGUACUUAUUAAAACAACUAGCUAAACACAAAUCAUCUGCUUUUACCGAGUCAGUAUGCUUACAGCUGGUAUAUUGUUCCUUCAGACUUGGUGAUAUUAACUAUAACUUUCACCACCUAUUCAUGAACAAGUUGCUUGAAUCAAAGCUAUUCACACAGCAAACACUUGAAGCUGCUAUGGCCAAACGGCUCGAUCUCGCCGCUAAUUACUAA